AUGGGUCUUCUUCAGAGUUGCUUUGCCAGAAAUAACAAAGUAGGUGUGAUGAAGGAAGAGAUUGAGGCGUACGAGAAAGUACGACGUACAAUGGUCGCAGAGGAAGUAAAAGAAAAGAAAGGCGGUGUGGCCUUUGAUCUCACCUUCAUUUCAGAGGAAACACCAAAAAUGCCUCCACCCAGAUUGCUCGAGAACAAAAAAGAGGAUUUUGAAAAGUGGAGAGAGUCUCAAGAAAAGGCACAGGCCGAGAAACAGGAGCGGGCACAACAGAAUAGAGAGGAAGCCCGUAUCCAGAAAGAGAUUGAAGUGGCCCACAAAGAGAUGGAGAGGCUCGAGAAAUAUGUCAACAUCACUGACGAAUAAAUUGGAUCUGAACUCUUAAUAUUUCUGGCUAAAUUUAUUUCCACAAUAAUUUUGAAGCUUGUAAUUUAAAAGAUUGGGACCAAAGAGGGGACACCCGAGCUCUUUUUCUGUUGUGCACUUGUUUGGCUUUUAAUUCUAUUUAUCACUAUUUUGGCUUAUGUUUUUUUUUUCUAAAUUUUUUUUUCGCAAUGUGGGCCUUGGAGACAGAUCUGAGGCUAGCAUUGCGAAAACAAAAUCUAAUUAUUCCAAAUAUUUCCACGUCUUUCGGAACUUUGGCCCUAAAAAUACCCAUUCCGUCAGGGAUCAGGAAUGGGUAUUACGUUGGAACACCCAUCCCGUCAGUGAUCAGGGAUGGGAGUUCCUCGUCAAAAAUUUCUAAAUUGUAAAUGAAACAUCCGUUAAGAGAUGUCCAAAAGCUCCGUUGUCCUCUCUUUUCAAAAUUCUGUUAUUCCAAUGUUUAAGAAACUAAAUAUUUGCAAAACCUGUA